GUGGAAUUUUUUUUUAAAUGAAUUUAUUUUGGGGGUUUCUUAGUUCAGUUGGGAGGUAUUACAAAGCAUACAUCUGGCAAUAGCGAAAAGCACAACUCGGCCAUUUUUGUUGCGACUGUCCUCGAACAUGUCGCACAGGAAGUUUUCGGCUCCCCGCCAUGGGUCAAUGGGAUUCUAUCCCAAGAAGAGGUCCCGUCGUCAUCGUGGUAAGGUGAAGGCUUUCCCCAGGGAUGACGCUAGCAAGCCCGUGCAUCUCACCGCAUUCAUCGGCUACAAAGCCGGUAUGACCCACGUGGUCCGUGAACCCGACCGUCCUGGUUCAAAGAUCAACAAGAAGGAGAUUGUGGAGGCUGUCACGAUUAUCGAGACUCCUCCCAUGGUGUGCGUCGGUGUUGUCGGCUACAUCGAAACCCCGCAUGGUCUCCGCGCCUUGCUUACUGUCUGGGCUGAACACAUGUCCGAAGACUGCCGCCGUAGAUUCUACAAAAACUGGUACAAGUGCAAGAAGAAGGCUUUCACUAAAGCCAGCAAGAAAUGGCAGGAUGAGCUUGGACGCAAGUCCAUUGAGAAGGACUUCAAAAAAAUGAUCCGCUACUGUAGUGUGGUGAGGAUCAUUGCUCACACCCAAAUGAAGCUGCUUAAGCAGCGUCAGAAGAAGGCUCACAUUAUGGAGAUCCAGGUCAAUGGUGGAACUAUUGAGGAUAAAGUAAAGUGGGCCAGGGAACACCUGGAGAAGCCUAUCCCCAUAGACUCUGUCUUUGCCCAGGAUGAGAUGAUUGAUUGUAUUGGUGUCACCAAGGGUAAAGGAUAUAAAGGUGUAACAUCUCGUUGGCACACAAAGAAAUUGCCCCGCAAGACACACAAGGGUCUUCGCAAGGUUGCCUGUAUUGGAGCAUGGCAUCCGUCUAGAGUAUCAUUUACAGUUGCCCGUGCUGGUCAGAAGGGCUACCAUCACAGAACUGAGAUGAACAAGAAGAUUUACCGUAUUGGACAAGGAAUCCACACCAAGGAUGGCAAGGUGAUCAAGAACAAUGCUUCUACUGAAUAUGACUUGUCUGAGAAAUCAAUCACUCCCAUGGGUGGUUUCCCCCACUAUGGUGAGGUCAACAAUGACUUUGUGAUGAUUAAGGGUUGCUGUAUGGGACCCAAGAAGAGGGUUAUCACUUUGAGAAAGUCGCUGCGCGUGCACACGAAGAGAGCCGCCCUUGAGAAGAUCAGCCUCAAGUUUAUUGAUACUGCUUCCAAGUUCGGUCACGGUCGCUUCCAGACGCCGGCUGACAAGGCUGCGUUUAUGGGUACCCUCAAGAAGGAUCGUAUCCGUGAAGAGGCUGCAGCUACCGCGGCUCCUCCUGCCCCAGCCGCUCAGUCCUAAACAACUCGUGGACCAUAAUAAAUGACAAAAAAUAAAAA